AUGCCAUGGCUGCACACCGAGACCUACCCUCUACCAGAAGAGGAUGUUGUGACGUUCGCAUUUGGUGACCCAAGCUAUGAUCUGGACAAGCCGGUGUACCAUGAUCUCGACGAUGAGUCACGGACAUUAUCUUACAACCAAGGGCGAGUCCUGGUGCGGAAGUUGGUGGCUGGCUUCCGUGCCGCUGGGCUCAAGAAGGGCGAUUGCUUUAGCAUUACAGCGUUCAACGAUGUGACAAUGCUUUUCCUCGGUGGUAUCGGCGCCGGUGGCAUCUUUAGCGGAACCAACCCCGCCUACCGCGUCCACGAACUCCGACACCACAUCCGCACCGCCCAAGUCAAGCUCCUCUUCGUCGCGCCCGAGCUACUCGACACAGUCCUCCCUGCUACCGACGCAGAAAACAUCCCCCGCUCCCAAAUCUUCAUCUUCGACCCUCGCAACCAGCAGCCCUGCCCUCCCGGCUUCCGGCCCUGGACCUGGCUCCUCCAACACGGCACCAGCGACUGGGACCGCAUCACCGACCGCCACACACUGGAGCACACGGAGAUCGCCCGCCUCACCACCUCCGGCACGACGGGCCUGCCCAAAACCGCCAUGCAGAGCCACUUCAACGCCACUUCGUACCACACGCUCACCUCGACCAUCGUACGCGACCGCAUCCCCUGGUCCUCGCGCAACCUCUUCCCCUUACCCAUGUUCCACGUCGCCACCGUCCCCGCCGUGCACAUCUCGCCCUUCCGUACCGGCCACCCCUGCUGGAUCAUGCGGCGCUUCGAGCUCGAGCCCUUCCUGGCCGCCAUCCAGCGCCACCAGAUCACCGACCUGGGCAUGGUGCCUCCGCUGGUCAUCGCCAUCAUCAUGAGCCCCCUGUCCAAGAAAUACAGCAUGCGCAGCGUGCGCCGCGUGGCUGCCGGCGCCGCACCACUGGAUGCCGCGUCGCAGAGGCGGCUGCAGGCCCUGUGUCACCCGGACGCAACGUUCACGCAGGUCUGGGGCAUGACGGAGACGACGAGCGCGGUGAGUCUGUUCUACUGGCCGGACAAGGACGAGACGGGGAGCGUGGGAAAUCGCUUUUUGCCAGGGGUGGACGUGAAGCUGAUUGACGACGAGGGCAACGACAUCACAGCCGACAAUGUGCGUGGCGAGUGUUGCGUGAGAGGGCCAACAAUCAUCAGAGGAUACUUCAACAACGAGCAAGCCAACCGCGACUCCUACGACCACGAAGGCUACUUCAAGACCGGCGACAUCCUCUACCGCGACGGCGCGACCAAGCUAUGGUACAUCGUCGACCGCAAAAAGGAACUCAUCAAAGUCCGCGGCUUCCAGGUCGCCCCCCCAGAACUCGAAGGCCUGCUGCUCGACCACCCAGACAUCAUCGACUGCGCCGUCAUCGGCCUCAAGCCCGCAACUCCAAACUCGGACGCCGAACGGCCGCGGGCCUAUAUCGUGCGGCGACCGGGAUCCAACGGCAUCACGGAACGAGAGGUCAAGGACAUUGUGCGGGAGAAUCUGGCGGCGUACAAGCAGUUGACGGGCGGGGUGGUGUUUAGGGACGAGAUUCCCAAGAGCGCGAGUGGGAAGAUUCUGAAAAGGGUGCUGAGGGAGGAGGCGGAGAGGGAGGAGGGGAGGGAGGGGAGGGCAAGGCUGUGA